AGAACCAUGUUGAUCGAAAGAGAAGAUGUGCCAAUACCCAUCGAUCUUGAAGAGAUUGGAGUUGUCCCAAGGGAGGAAAUGGUGAUGGGAGGCGCCGGUCUGAGCUCAUGCAAGGGAAGCAACAGCUGGGUGCUUAGUGUUGGGUGUCGAGGGGCUGGAGAUAGGCACCGAUUUGAGUAG